AUGGAAGCUAUGUUUUCAUGUGGCAGAGUUGCAUUUGCAAUCAUAACAAUAUUAUGCUGCUUCACUUCCCCUGCAAUUGCAUGCCCCCUCCCUGAAAGAAAUCUUCUCCUCGAUUUCAAGGCAGCAGUUGUAGAUGAGUAUAACACUCUAACUUCCUGGCACGGAUUCAAUUCCUGCACGUGGAGAGGAGUCAGUUGUAAUCUCGGCACAGGCCAUGUUUCUCGACUGGAUCUGAGUGGAUUCAAUUUGGAAGUGACAACCUCUUCAAGGGAAUUUUAUGUGAGUUUGGAAAGCUUAUCAAAUCUGGUGAGCUUGGAAAACCUUUCUCUUGCUCGAAUGAACAUCUCUGUAAACAAAGAGUGGGGUGAAGUUGUUGGCAGUCUAUCCAACCUUCAAGAACUCAGCAUGUCUGACUGUGGGCUUGGAGGACAAAUUCCCAAUUCCCUUCUCAAGCUCACCUCUCUGCUUCAUCUGGAUCUAUCAUACAACUAUUUGUCAGCACAUAUACCAGCUUGGUUUGAAAAUGUGACUGGGCGCUUGCUCUCUCUUGAUCUCUCUUGGAAUGAGAAUUUUGGAGGAGACAUUUCUUUCAUUGGACAACGAAAGUCUUCUUUAUCACUAACCAGGAUUGUUCUUUCAGGGACAGCCAUCAAGGGCCGAAUUCCAUCUGCUAUAUGGAAUAUCUCAUGCUUGGAGCAUCUUCGUCUUUCAGAUACCAGAAUUGAAGGUGAGAUUCCAGCUUCUAUAGGGAAUUUGUCGUCCUUGCAAAGUCUUGAUCUAUCAGAUACCAGAAUUGAAGGUGGGAUUCCAUCUGCUAUAGGGAAUGCGUUGUCCUUGGAAAGUCUUCAUCUGUCGUAUACCGGAAUUGAAGGUGAGAUUCCAUCUGCUAUAGGGAAUGUGUCGUCCUUGAAGAGUCUUUAUCUGUCUGAUAUCUCUAUUGAAAGUGAGUUUCCUGUCUUCAUACUCAAUCUCUCUAAACUUGUUGAAUUGGACCUGUCCUACAACAUGUUAACUGGGGUAAUCCCACCUUCAUUGGACUCACUUUCUUCCCUUGUUAGUCUUGACCUUAAUGCCAACGAAUUGAAUGGUACGAUUCCAUCUACAAUUUCAAAUCUUGUUAACUUAAGAAGCCUUUCGCUCCACUCCAAUAGUUUAAGCGGCCUCAUUUCCCUUUCCUUUAAGCUUUCCGCUUUGGCAUUAGGCUCCUGUAAUUUAGAUAGAAUUCCAUCGUUUCUUGUGACCCAAUACGACUUGGAAUAUCUAGACCUAUCUGCUAACAGUGGUCUUCCUCUUCUUCCUGCUCGUGUUGCUCUGCUGGAUCUGUCGAUGAAUCAGUUUAAUGGUUCUAUUCCUAGUCACAUCGAUGCGUAUCUUGAAAAUUCAAGGUUCUUAUCCUUCUCGCGGAAUAAUCUCAGCGGAGCGAUUCCAGAUUCUAUUUGCACUCCAUAUUUGCAGGUUCUUGACAUUUCAAAAAAUACGCUGAGCAGUGUCAUUCCUCCUCAUUUAACCAGGAAUUGUUCUUCUCUUAGUGUUCUAGAUUUGGCAGAAAAUCAUCUGGAAGGUAAAUUGCCAGCAGAGUGGGGCAACAUUACAAAGAUUCAUACAUUGAAGCUCAAUGGUAAUCAUUUGAGAGGAGUUAUUCCCUCAUCCAUUUCAGAAGGCCGAUCUCUGCAAGUAUUGGAUUUGGGAAAUAAUGAUUUGGAAGGCACCCUUCCCCACUGGAUUGGAAGUCUAUCACACCUGCAUGUGUUGGUCUUAAGGUCUAAUCAUUUUCAUGGCAGUAUCCCACGCCAGGUAAUUGGCCUUCCGAAUCUUCAAAUUCUGGAUCUUUCUGGCAACCACCUUUCAGGAGCUAUUCCAAGCAACCUUACGAACCUGCUCGCAAUGGUCAAUGCAUCGCAGAAUAAUUCAAACCAUCUCGAAGAAUACAGUUCAAGUGGUGCUACAUAUACAAAUCAGAUCAAAAUUUCCUGGAAAGGUUGGGAUGUUGAAUUUGUGAAAGUUCUUUUCAUUCUUAAAUGCAUUGAUCUUUCAAACAACUUCUUAUCUGGGAGCAUUCCUCCCAAAAUGGGAUCCCUUCAAGGCUUGAUAGCCCUUAAACUUUCAAGGAAUCAUCUCAGUGGCCGAAUCCCAAAAACAUUGGGACUUAUGGAUCAGCUAGAGUCUCUAGACCUCUCGCUAAAUAGGCUGAAUGGCAACAUUCCAUUAGAAUUUGAGUUGCUGAGUUAUUUGCAGUUCUUGAAUCUAUCUUAUAACAUGCUUGAUGGAAAAAGCCAAAUUCCAUCUGCUAUAUGGAAUAUCUCAUGCUUGGAGCAUCUUCGUCUGAGAGAUACCAGAAUUGAAGGUGAGAUUCCAUUUGCUGUAUGGAAUAUGUCACCUUUGAAGGAUCUUCUUCUCUCAAAUACCAGAAUUGAAGGUGAGAUUCCAUCUGCUAUAGGGAAUGCAUUGUCCUUGGAAAGUCUUUCUCUAUCGAAUACCAGAUUUGAAGAGAACAAUUCUUUUAAGGAUGAUUGGGUUAUUGAUUCUGAAGCUACACAACACAUGUCACAUAAUAAGGAACGAUUUGAAUUAAUAAGUGAAAGUAGUACAGAAAAAAUAUAUUUGAGAAGUAUUAGUGCUUUGGAAGUUAAAGGGACUGGAAAUGUCAAAGUUGAUAAUGGUGUGUUAAAAAAUGUGAAGUUAGUUCCUCAAUUGAAAACAAAUCUACUUUCUGUAUCUCAAAUUGCAAAUCAAGGGUAUAAAAUAGAGUUCUACAAUGAUAAAUGUUUAAUCAAAGAUAUGAAUGAUAAUUAUAGAGUGACUGCAAUUGGUAAAAUGGAGAAUGGAUUAUAUAACUUUCAGGAAUUUACUUCUAACAAUAGAGAUGAGAAUGUGUGUGCUAUUGCCCAAUGUGAUGAUAUGAGCGGGUUAUGGCAUGAAUGA